GGCUUGUUCCGGCGUGGUUGCGAGAGGGGAAGCGUCUCUGCUGCCCGGGCGGAAUCGCUUCUUUCUCCCCGCUUCCAGGCGGCGGCGGCAGCGGCGGCGAAGACUCUCCCUCGCCGUCCUUUUCUGCGUACGCUGCUCAACCCUCUUCCGCAUACAUGGCGCUUCGCUUCAGGAGCGGCCGGAGGGGCCAAUUCAAACAUAUAGCUCAUGGCCUGAUCCCUGCAGCUACCAUAGCACCUAAAGCUGCCGUCCCCCGCACCCCUCCCCCUCGUAGUCCAAACCCUUCUCCAGAAAGGCCCAGAUCCGCUCUGGCCGCAGCUAUUCUUGUGACAACCCUAACUGGACGGACCAUUGCCAUCCCUCAGCCACGUCAACGAUCUCUUUCUGAGAGUGAUGCCAGUUACUUGCAAGAUCAAGAAAAUUAUAUUGAGCCAUAUGCCACAGUCACUGAGCUGCGAAUGCGUCACAACUGGAAGAGCAAUGGUGAUGACAGGAGCAUUGGGCAGUCUUUGGAAGUAUCAGGCAGUUGUUGUGAGGAUGAGGACAUGGAUACAUACCCUUCAGACACAGAAAAGGAACCAGAUCCAAACUAUCAGGUUAUUGAUAAAAAAUAAACAUUAGCAGCGAUGC